CUAAACUGCAUUAGGUAUUGGGCAAAAAUAUAGAAGAUUUCAGACCAAUCUGGAUGCAGCAUCUGUUCAACUUGUACAGCAGGCAUGAGCAGUUCCUGUGUGACACUGGCCGAGGUCCUGUGGGCAAAAGGAAGCCCUUUGGCGGAAGAAGAUAUAUGGGCACUCUUGUACAAGGCCACAGUGCAGCUUCUUGAGGACCUUCACAAAGACCCCACCAUCUGUGUGAUUUGCCCAUGGUCAAUGCUACUGUCUACUGAAGGAAAUUUGUCUUUCCAAAACAAUGCAUCUCAGUCAGAAGCUGUCCCUUUCAGUGCACCGGAACUGCUCCAUGGACAAAUUAAAAACAAGCAUAUCGGACAAACAAAGAUGUUGGUGUAUUCCUUAGGAAUGACCUUCUACUGGGCAGCAGACUAUCAGGUUCCUCCAAACCAGUCCCUUCAGCUGAGCGACCAACUACACGCUCUCUUGCUGACACUAUGUGAAGAUCUGCCACAUAAAAGACUUCCCCCUGAAUCAAUUCUGGCAGCAUGUGAAGCACAGCAGAAGGAAUCCUACUUCUUACCAGCAAAUGUCUACAUAAAGAAAAUGGUCCAGCUUGUGCUGGGAAGUGUCAGUGAGGUAGAACAGGGAGUCACAGAAGACAGCACAGCCUCUCAGCUUAACAGAAGUCAUGUGAUAAGGAAAAGACUGCACGAAAAAACAUUGGACACCUCAGCAUUGUCGUCCCGGAUGAAUUUUCACGCAGAUGAAGCUCUUCACAGCAGAUUACAGACAAAGCUUGGCUGCGUGUCUCUGGCAGAUGGGAUCUGGGAACAGUUUUCAGGUCCAGAAUUUAUUAUUUUGUCUAGUGAACCACCAGUGACCUUACAGCUGCCUGGAUCAAUUGUGACUAAAAAAGGGAAAUCCUAUUUGUCCCAAAGGGAUCUCAAUGUGAUUCUGCUCAACGGGCAGUGCCUUGAGGUGAAAUGUGACAUCAAGUCUAAGGCAAGAGAUGUUUUCAACACCGUGGUGGCAUAUGCAAACUUAGUGGAACAUUUCUACUUUGGCUUGGCUUAUCUGAAAGGUAAAGAGUUUUUCUUUUUGGAUGAUGAGACCAAACUCUAUAAAGUGGCCCCAGAAGGCUGGAAUGACCAACCCAAGAAAAACUUUCUAAGGAUAAAAUUCUUUGUCAACCACUUUAAUGUUAUCCAGCACAGCUUGACAAGGCAUCAGUUUUACCUGCCUUUGUAUUGUAACAAUGAGACUGCCCUGAAACUUGGUGCUUUGGCUUUACAGGCAGAGCUUGGCAAUUACGCUUCUGAGAUGCAUGGAAAGAGCUAUUUUCGUGUUGAGGACUACGUUCCAGCAAGUCGAAUAGAGAAAAUGACCCUGGCGUACAUACAAAGAGAACUUGCUAAACUGCAUCGCAUAAAUCGUUCCCUCUUUGAGGAUGAAGCUGAACUAGAAUUUUUAAAGGUGAUUCAGCAACUUCCUGAAUAUGGAGUGUUAUUCUAUAGAGUGUCCCAAGAGAAGAAAACAGCAGGAGGGGACAUCAUCCUGGGAAUCUGUGCCAAAGGCAUCAUUGUAUAUGAGGUCAAAAAUCACACAAGAAUUGCCAGUUUAAGAUUCCAGUGGCGUGAAACAGAGAGAAUUUCAGCUCAUAGAAAAAAAUUCAUGAUUGAAAGCAGCUUCAGUGGCAAGAAACACACAUUCAUUACUGACACAGCAAAGACUUGUAAAUAUUUACUGGACCUCUGUUCCGCCCAACACAAAUUCAAUGCGCAGAUGAAUUCUAGGCAACUUCGGCAAGCUUCAUCAGAGGACAGUAAAUUUAUGGAAAUAGAUAAAUCAAAUUCUGCAUAUGCAACUCAGCAUGAACACCUUGCCCUGAUUCAGAGACUGUCUCGAUCAGAGAAUGUGCUGUAUGGGACAAACCUGGAAAACCUUUCUGCUGAGAUGAUGAGCAAAUCUUGUGAUAACCUCAGUGUGGAAACCAGCAACAGGACUAGAGACAAAAGUAAUCUCGACAGAUCUACAUCAGGACUAUCCCAAUCAGAAAUGCACAUCAAUAUGAAUGGAAAGCAAAGGAGUUAUGACUACCUCUCUAUCCAUUCAACUCAGAACACUAUCAGCACGCCUGGAUCACCAGUCCAAAGGGAACUUUUGCUAAGUGGUCUAGAAAGAGAAAUCAUUUGUGUCACCCUGAAACGCGACCCUAAGAAUGGCUUUGGUUUUGUAAUUAUUGGAGGAGAAAAUGUAGGAAAAUUAGACCUUGGUAUCUUUAUCGCUUCAAUUAUUCCUGGGGGACCGGCAGAUAGAGCUGGAAAUAUCAAACCAGGGGGAAGACUCAUCUCUGUGAAUAACAUUAGUCUUGAGGGUGUUUCGUUUAAUACUGCAGUUAAAAUUAUACAGAAUUCUCCUGAUGAAGUGGAAUUGAUCAUCUCUCAGCCCAAAGACAUUUAUGAAGAAGGAUUAAAUGAAGAAAAGAGUCUAUCAAGAGGGAACAGCACUAGUGGAUCCGAGAUCUCUUGUGUAGACAGUGGGAGAAAAAAGAUUCAAGAUUGUCAUACUGCUCCCUCCAAAGAACAGGACAUAAAUAUAGAUGAACUAGAGAAGGCUCUUUCCUGGAAUUUAGCACCAAAAUUGGGCCCGAGGAUUCCAGUUCUUUCAGUUGACAGCCUGGAUGUGGAGGAAGCCGACUCCUCGCACUUACCAUCUCCGGCUGAAACCAACUCAAAUGAAACCUAUGCUGUGGAGCUUGUCAAAGAAGAUGGGACUUUUGGAAUCAGUGUGACUGGUGGAAUUAACACUAGUGUGCGUCACGGUGGAAUAUACGUGAAGUCAAUUAUUCCCAGGGGACCAGCAGAUAAGGAUGGACAAAUAAAAAUAGGGGAUCGUCUGCUAGAAGUAGAUGGAAUCAGCCUCUGUGGUAUCACACACAAGCAGGCUGUGGAAAGACUUAAGAAAUCUGGCCAGGUUGCCAAGCUUGUUCUAGAAAGGGGACACCACCGACUGGCAGAGCUGUGCCUGACUGCUAAGGACAGAAAGGAGGACCAACGCACAGCUGUUCCUGUGGCAACAUCCUUCACAGACGGUACCAAAGACUACUCCUUUGUGACAGAUGAUAAUACAUUUGAAGUCAAAUUGACAAAGAAUUCUGGGGGCCUUGGCUUCAGUUUUCUGCAAAUGGAAAGAGAUGCCUGUGAACACCUUGGAGGAGCUAUUGUCAGGAUCAAAAGACUGUUUCCAGGGCAGCCAGCUGAAGAGAAUGGAGAAAUUGAAGUCGGAGACAUCAUUUUAGCAGUGAAUGGGAAACCUAUUCAAGGACUUUUGUAUCAGGAUGUCCUCCACUUGUUGAGAGGGGCUCCCCCAGAAGUCACACUUCUUCUCUGCAGACCACCAGAAGGUGUUCUUCCAGAAAUAGAGCCAAGUGCCCUGACUCCAGCACCAUCGCCAAUUAAGGAAUUUGUAGCAGGGAUACCAGCCAGUCCAGAGAUGGGAAAUAGUUUGGAUCAGUCUACCAGUGACAGAGGUAGCCCCUCUCCAGAACUGGAAGACUGUCUGGAUUCUCCAGUGCCAGCAGAUUUCAGUGAGCCUCCUGAAGAGGACAACUCAAAUUAUGAAGAGCAAGAAGUAGAGACUCAAGAGAAGCCCAUACAGACCCUUAUGCCUCCCAGGGAAAGUUAUAAACACUUUUGGAAGUUUCAUCACGAAGCUGUCAGUUCUGAAAUGUUCCAGUCCCUAGAGGAAGAAGUGAGGCAGAACUGCUACUCACCAUGUGAAUUUGGAUGGGCCAAAGGCUCAACAUCUGUGACCUCACUUUCACGAGGAGGAAGCUCUGAGAGAUUGUCCUCAACCACAGCCACUCCGCAACCAUGUGUUUGUAGCCCUUUCUCAUCAUCCCUACCUCCUAGAGCGCCACGUGACAGUGACAAUGAAUGGGAAGAUUUGGAGGAACAGGAGGAAGAGGAGAAAGCAGAAAAGGAGGAUUGCUCUAGGGAAACAGAGAUCUGUGUGACUUUGAGAAGGUCAGAGAACAAUGGUUAUGGAUUCUCAGUGGUUUUCAACAAACUGGACAACUGCCUGUAUGUUGAUGAGCUCUUGAAUGAGCCUGCCCUGUCUGACGGAAGACUGAGAAGGGGAGACAGAAUCAUUAUGGUGAAUGGAGUUGAUGUUACACCAUUACCAUGCAACGAAGCCCUGACUUUACUGCACAGCUCUCCUCCUGAUCUGCACCUUGUAGUUGGCCGUGCUGACAGUGAUCUGUGUCCCUCCAUUAGGCCAGAUGAGCUUCCUGAAAUUACUCUUACAAAAGGUGCCAAUGGACAACUAGGCUUGAAGCUGACAGGAGGAGCUGGAAGCAAGUUACAAGGUAUUUAUGUACUAGAGAUAGUGCCUGGCUCUCCUGCCAGUGUGGAAGGUAGCCUGCAGCCCCGAGAUCAGAUUCUGUACAUCUGUGGACUGUGGACUGAGGGCAUCAGCCUGGAUGAUGCCGUGAGAGUGUGUGAAGCUGCCACUCAGAGCGUCCGAAUCAAAGCAACAAGAAAUGGCAAUCCAGUGGUUCCUAUAGAGCAGGAAAACAGGCCACCUGCUGAGACAGAGAAAGCCAGUGUGUAUCUCUCAAAUGAAAACCUGAAUCCACAAGAACAGCAUCUACCCCGUCAACAUGAGAAACGUUUGGAGGAAGCAAAUUGUGGUGCUGAGCAAAACACUUCCGAUUCCCCAGAGCAUAAGGUGAAUGAGACUUUAGUGUCUGGUCUGCCACGCCAAACUGUUAUAGAUCUGCUACGCAAGGCUCGAGGCACUGUUCAGCUCACGGUCUGCCGAAGCGUGGCUUUGCAUUGGGCUUUUUCAGGCAACCAGAGCAAUAAUACACCUUCCUCUCAAAACACAAAAGCACAGUCUGAUGACCACAGUGCUGAGGGAAGCCUAGGAGCUCACCCUGUCUUCAGUUUCAAGGAAGAAGAGGAAUCCAACCAGAUAUGCAGCCAGAAUCCCAAAAGUAAACACAAUUCCCUUUUGCAAGAUCAGCUGGCUGGACAAGAAUAUCAAGAUAUUACCAGUAAGAACGCAGACAGAUAUGCAGAGUGCGAAGGCUACACAAGAAGAGAGAGUCAGCAGUCGGAAUCAGACAGCUGGAACAAUGAAGAGGAGGAUACACCCUGGAGGAUUUCCUUUCUACCUAGAAGCAGAACUUUUGUUUCCGAGGAUGAGCUGACUCAGUUAAUUAACUUUAAACCCUCACUGACUGGAGCAGGUCCAAGGACUGGCAUCAGAGGUCUUAUUCGAGGUCUUCAGCUGCAGAUUGAGAACCAAGAGGUCUUAAAAGAGUUUAUGGCUUUAGAACAUGUAAAACCAACAGACGACUGCAGAACUGGCAAAGCACCAGAAAACUGUGAAAAAAACAGAUAUCGAGAUAUUCUUCCAUAUGAUAAGACGCGAGUUCCUCUUGGAGAAAACAAUGGCUACAUUAACGCAAGUUACAUCAGAAUGAAAGUUGGAGAAGAGGAACAUUUCUACAUUAUAACCCAAGGGCCUCUGCCUUCCACCAUACCUGAUUUCUGGCAAAUGGUUUGGGAGAAUGAAUCAGAUGUGAUUGCCAUGAUGACAAAAGAAGUGGAGCUAGGAAAAGUCAAAUGUCAUCGAUACUGGCCUGAACCUCCACAUGAAUCUAUAGACCUGGAUAACUUCCAUCUCAGGCUAGGCAGUUACCAGAUAUUGGAAUACUUUGUAAUUAGAGUAAUAGAAGUGAUCAACAAGCAGACAGAAGAGAAGCGCAGUAUAAGUCACUUGCAAUUUACCACUUGGCCAGACCACGGUACUCCCCAACUGGCUGAGCAGCUUGUAAAAUUUAUUUGUUACAUGAGAAAAGCUCACAAGACAGGAGGACCUGUUGUUGCUCACUGCAGUGCUGGGAUUGGAAGAAGUGGAGUUUUGCUGUGUGUUGAAGUUUUGCUGAGCUAUAUAGAAAAAGAUCUAUGUUUCAACAUCAAGCAGAUAGUGAGAGACCUGAGACAUCAGCGUUUUGGCAUGAUUCAAACUAAGGAACAGUAUUUAUUCUGUUAUGAAGUCGUGCUGAAAGUCCUUCAAAACAUUCAAGCCAUGGACCUCUACUGACUGCGAUAAGACUCUUCCCUGUUGCUACUAUUCAUGGACUCCCUGGGACCACUCAACGAUUGCUCUAAAGGGAUGCUAGCCCAGGAGAGAGAAGUGUUGUACUACAUGCUCUGUUAGAUUACUCUGAUUUUUAAAUCAUUUUUAAACUUUGCUUAACAUGCCCUAGCUAAGUUUAAUUUAAAUCUUGGCUUGUAGUUUGGAGAAACAUCCGGAACUGCAACACUACUGUUAAUUUACUCUGGACAACUUGAGAGUUCUCUGUAACAACAUAUUAGUUGUUAGGAAGAUAUUUUUGGACUAUGAUGAGGCGAAGGCAGCGUCUGGAUUUAGCUUUACUGUCCAAAUGGCAGCUAAAAAGAUCUAAGAUUCCGUUGGUGUUUGUUGCAGAUUAGUUGUCCCUUACAUGUAGUUGUAUACUUUUGGCUCCUGGACUGCAAAUCAGAAUUUCCUAUUGUAGUUAUGCUUUUGUGUAAAAAGACUCAGUUUGUUUACCUCUGGUUGCUUGAACAGUGUAGAAUCAUUUCCAGGCAUCACUCUAGCACAGGAAUUUAUACUGCCAUCACUGAAAAUCUUAAAUCAAGAGACUGACAAAAAGAUAGGACACCCCAAGCCCCUAGCUAGAGUUCUUCCAAGCAGGAAGAGAGUCCUCGCAAUUGGAAGGAAUGCUCAUUUUCUUCCAGUGAUAGAAACAGCUGUGGGCAGUGUUAGUAUUCUUUCAUUGUGCAUUCAUGUAAAAAGGACUGCAACACUAAACCAGAUGAAAUAACUGUGUAUGUGUGUGUAUUGUGGCACACAUUUACAUUUCUUCUUCCCUUGAUCAUUUCCAUUGAUUAACUAUCAUGUUAUUAUUAUCUAGAAUCUGGUCCAGUUUAUGAAAAGUCCCAAUGGUUUCAGUAGGGGCGGAAUCAGAUCUUUACAUUAGAGUAAAUAACUCUCUGUACAGUUUAUUUCCCUUGCAAAAAGUGUUUCAGUUUGUGUGAGUUUGAAUUUGAGCAGAUAUCUACUGUUUUCCCAACUGUCUGCCCCUGUGAAAUUUAAAACUAAAUUAAACUCUAAAAGGCUCUCUGGUGUCUCCUACAGGGAGGUUCACUGAGGGGUUUCAUUUGUCCAGGUUCAUAAAACUGUCUAUUUCUAUAGUACUUCUAAUUCCUUUAUCUAGAAGGUGAUAUAUAUGGAAGUGGAAUUAUUAGAUAUGCAUUGGAAGAAUAACUUUCAAACAUAGGAAAUGGUAACAGCAUUUAUUUAACUAAACUGUACAUAUUUUUAAAAAUUCCUUGAUUUCAAGAAAGGAGAAAAUAUUAAUAGGCUUUUGACUAUAAAACUACAGUAUAGACAGGAAAAUAAAAUAGCUGUUUCUUUUCAUUAUGAAUGAAAAUGAGAGGUUUAUGAUUCAGAAAGAAUGAGGCAUUAAAACAAAAUCAGAAUUAUGACUUUUAGAAAAAGCCUCUGUAAUACAAUUAUAAUUAAGGCCAAGGGCCACUUUUGGCUUUCUGCCCUCUGUCUGCUGGAAGUCAGGAAAAACUGCAAGUAGGAUUUAUGUGAGCCAGAUGCUAAUUUCAAUCACACUGAUGGAGAUCCAGAGUAACCCUAAAUCAGUGGAGUAACUCUGGACUUACAUUGGUGUAAAUAUAAGCAGAAUCCAAUGUUUUGUCUUAAAUUAAUUGAAUUUGAGCCUUCUAGAAAGCAUUAUUCUCUCUACAUUAUGAAUUUACUAUAUUUACGUUGCAUAUAAAGGACUAUUUGCACAAUUUUGUCAAGCAUCAUCAGCCAAAUUUUUGUUCAUAACUUUGUUACCUCCAUUUGGUAUUUGGCCUUUCACUUUGAUUUUAUUUAUUGUACAUGUACUGCUAUGCAAAAUAACACUGCACACUAAUGCACAAUUCACUUUUUGUACCACAACAACUUUAAAAAGCUUCUCAGUGAAAAUAUUCCUGGACUCUAUGCAAAGAUGGUUUUUUUCUGUGGUUUAGAACGAGCAUUUUGGAUUUGGAAGACAGUUUUGUGGCACUGUUUG